UAAACGAUGGACAUCUGUUGACACAAAUUGUUUAAACUGUCACUAACACAACAUCAACCAAAAACAUGUCCAAACAUUAUCCAAUAACCUGAUUCACCGGAAAAUUUACAUUUUUUUUCAUCACAUAAUUCAAUUACUAACAUAAAUACUUAAGAAACAAAAUGGAUUGUGUUCUCAACCGGCCUACAUGCAAACGGACGAUUAUGGAAGGUAAAGGGCAGUUACUAAAAGAAAACUGUCCUGUUUUAGAGAAGCCGAAAUGCAUGUUCGCUACACAGCAAUGCCCGUUACUUCCAGAGGAAAAUGGAUGCACCAUUGCUAAAGUCAUGGACAUAAUACAAAAAGGAGGCUGUUUUGCCAAUCAACCACCGCCUCCGCCGCAACGGCAAUGCUGCUGCUGUUGUUGUGCCCAACCCGAGCCGGAACCUGAAAAUACUGUCGCGAGAUGUCGAGUAAACCGAACCAUCGAACUGCCUCCUUGUAAGAAAUGUAAAAGAGGGAUCAAUGCACCGGGAAAAGAAAAGCCGGUAGCUUUGAGCAAAUCACCCUCGGGCAAAAAGAAGAAGAAACAUACUUCGACCGAGAAGAAUAAGAACGACCAAAAAUCGUAUAGAAUAAAUAAAUUCGUUCCCGACUGUACGCUGAAUUCUAGGAGGCCCUUUCCUUGUGCCGAUUGUCUGAUGCAGUUGCUCGACUGUCCAUUACGAUCUGUUGAUUAUGACAAUUCGAAGGUUUACUGCAAGGCUAGAGCUGUUAAAUGUCCGUUUACACAAGUUAUUGAUACAUGCGAUGCAUCAUGCCUUUGUUCCAAUGUGCCGGCGAUUGAUACCGGGCCGAAAUGUCCAUUCCUCCCAGAGCCUUGCCCUUGCGUUGCUGUGUCGUGUCCGCUGUCUCGAGUUCCUCCGAAUCCGUUGGUCGAACGUUUGCCUCCACCGCCGUGCCAAAAGCCGUACUGUAGAUGCUAUUGUCCAGUAAUUCCCAAUCCUUGUUCUUUCUCGUGUCCCGAGUGUCUAGUUCAUAGUGGUAAAGUCAAAUGUCCUUUAGAACAAGGUAAUAUUUGUCCGACGAUGUUGGCUCCGACGCCUCAAAUAUGCUAUUGCGUGCCUGUAGAUUCUUCAAAAAUAGAGUUGGAAGGAUCGGCCGAAGAGAACCACAAGCCCGCCGAAAAAGGACCUCCGAAUAAUUUAAAAAUUAUAGUGGACGUAAACCACGAAGUCGAAGUGGAAAAAGCCCAAAGGGGAAGUAGUAGUCAAAAAGGGAUUCGGAAAGAUCUAAUAAAAAAAGUGGCCACAAAGCCAGGCCCGCAAAUAACGCACGGAAAGGAACAAGAAAGUGGCAUCGUGUUACUUAACGAAAACCAAGAAUCUGUGCCUUCUCCAAAUCAAGAGCAGUACCAGAAAACAUCCCAUAGAAAGCAUCCGUUUGAUCAAUACACUCAGUCACGAUCUGAUCAAUUUCCUUAUUUUGUAGACACGAAAAGAGGGAAUCUCCGUACAGAUUUUGAAACGAAAUCAGAACACGCCUCUACAGUGGAAACGACCAGUGCUCUUGAAGGAAUAGAAGAUUAUUACGAUGGACGCCGGGAUUGGGUAAAUCUAACGACGAGCGACUUGUAUUCUACUAAAUCUACAAGAGAAGACGUCGGCGGUUGUCGCUGUUGGAGUGAAUACAAAAGGCGAAGAAAACUGACAAAUUAUCCGUCAAUUAGGACAGAAUCUUUGUAUAAAUCGACGGAAAGUAAAAACGACAUGACGAAGGAGCAGACUCAACCGAGAAUUAUGAAUAGAAGCAAGCUCGCUAAGAUGCUCCCGUCGCCUUCGACCUACGUCAGAACAAACGUGAUCAACAAAAUGGACGCUCCAAAAUUGUGCAAAGCACCGUUGGGAAUGCCCAAUUUUACUUGCCACGAGCCGCCAAGCAAACCUACUACAGCUAACAUUUCUGAAAAAGAUAAAGAAAUAGCGGGGCAAUUCGCAAAUAGAAUAUCAGCCAAAAUCGAGAGUCCGGAAUUCAGAUUUUUCGAUGAAUUUAUUAUGUGCGAAUGUAUUAGUGCUCCCCAGUCGUUGAUUGUUGGAUCGAAUGAAUGCCCAUGCGAAGAAACGUCAACCGUCCAAACGUGCGCAUGUGGUGUCGGCUAUAAAUUUCCUCAGUGCGGUUGUCCGUGCGGUUCAAGUUGUCCGAGUAAACUGAGCUCACCGACCGCCCAACGGACAUUUCACGUCCCCACUUGUCCGCUGUCGCGUCCUUUGCCGCAGCCCAGGUCGCCGGAAAAAGACGACCAAGUCUGUCCUUUCAGUCCGAACGAGUGUCCUCUCGGUCCUUACUGCCUUUUCCCGGUUGCGGCCAAAUACGAUCCUAAAUCGCCUACAAUCCCCAAAACGGACAAGAUAUGCUUUUGCCAAGACCAGGACUGCCUCAGUCCGCCUCAGACGUUCGAACCACCUUGCCCCCUGGAAAAAAUAAAUCAUAAUAAAUGCGUUUGUGCGUGUCAGCCUGCGAGUUGUCCGCCGUGCUGCCCGCUGGCUCAGCCCGAGUCGCUCCCUCCAAUUUUCCGAAGGUGUCCUUUUAUUUGUCCUCAGAAUAACGAUUGCACGCCGCCUCCAAUAACUCGUCUGUGCAAUUGGUGCGCCAAAGCCGAAGACUGCGAACCAAUGAUAAACGAACCACUCACGACAGAGGGAAUGCUGUGUUUCUGUGAGAACGCGCCGCCUAAGCAGAAAACAUCGAACAUAACGCCACCAAAAACAAGCUCUCCUAUAGCUCAAAAUAAUGCAUUGUCGAUCGGUAAAAAUGCACAAUCUGAACAGCCGGGUAAAUUCAGCGAUCUUCAAAAUAAAGCUAUAGAUGUCGCAUUCCUUCCUGAAUCACUCACAAAACUGCUAAACGAAGGGAAAAGUGAAGACAAUGGAAUGUUUAGCGAUUUCAAUUGUUUAUGCACAGGCGGUUUGAAUGGGAUGGAGUAUGAAAAGGCAAAUUAUGACAUUUACAAAUCUGAAGCAAGACCGUCCUGCAAGUGCUGUCCUUGUGCCAAUAAACCGACGAUCAAAUGUCCUUUGAAUCUGGAGAACUGUCCGUGUUUAAAUCUGACCCAAACUAACGCUUGUCCUCUAAACUCUAUCCAAUGUCCCGUCGAACGCCCGAUUUGCCCGGUCAAACCAAAAAUCACGCCGGAAAUAAAACCAAACGAAGCGCCGAUUGUGAAACCCGAAAGUAUCAAGGAGCCUGAGUCGAACUUGUCGGUGAAUACCGUUCGCACGGUGAACGAAAGUGAAUCAGAUUUAACAAAAAAAUCUGGGAAAAUAGAACAGACGGUUGAAAAAAAACAUGUUACAUCUGUGGGCCAGAAAGUAGCUCAACUUACUACAACUGCCAAUCGACCUCAAAACCAAAAGCCGAAGGCCGACGCCGACAAGAGCGGACCGAUAAAACUUUCCAGCAAAAAGAAACAUUUUGCGAACAGUCACGGACAGAAACUGGUAGGCGGUACCCCUAAGUGCAUGCUGGAGAAGCCCAAGUGUCCUUUGACGGGAAUCAAACCUGCCGUAAUUGCCGGGGACGAAAAUCCUACAGCCAACGCGGAUAAAACGGGCAGAAACCAAAUCGGCUGCCCGAUUAUGAAUUCACCUUGUGAACUCUUUCCAGAAGGACGUUGUCCGAUGAUGGCGGUGGGCGCAUGCAAUUGUAAUUAUCCCGUUGCACCGUGCAUGGCCCCGGCGCAAUGCGGAUACGUCAACGCACCUCCCCAAUAUUGCUACAAAGAGGAUUGCUGCAUGGGACUGACACUUCCUCCGAUCUAUCCGGCAGCCCACGGAAAAUACGACACGGGUUUCUAUUACAAAUUCAUGGAUUGGAAACCGGGAGAGAAAACUACAAAACACUACAUAGAGGUUUCCGAAGAACCUCCUCCAAUGGACUUUUUCCACGGGCACGAAUUCAGACAGCACGAUAACUGGUGGAUUCUCAGGGAAGGGAAAGGCUACGAACAAUGCAAGAAAGUACAGGAAAUAAUUGACAAACGAGGACCUGUCGGCCAUAGGGGAACACAAUUCGAGAAAAAAGACAAUCCUUUAGAUAUCGAGACUCAAACCAUUAUGGAAAAUCGCAAAAAUCGAGAAGAAAAAAUGUACUCGUUGGAAACUGCUCGACCCGGGUGGAAGGAAUAGUCUGUUCUAUGAAAAGACUUACGUCUAUGUCUACAUAAAAUACACAUUAAUCGUAAACUA